GUUUGGAAUGAUUUUGGGGCAGUAUUUAGUUUAUUUAUAAUUCAAAGGAAAAUUUUUCAACAAUUUUUAAAACCGUCCAUAUAUAACUGUGAUGACUAAAGGAACCAAUAAUGAUGAUCACCAACACUAUAACAAUGAAGCAUCAGGUGAUGGCCAACCGCCCCAAAGACGAUAUCAUCAAACGAUUUAUUGGUGUUUUUGUGUACCAGUGGCUUCGACAACAUAUACAACAAAUGAUAACAGACAUCAUCCACAUCAUCAUAAUUCAUCAACCACAUCUACAUCAGCGGGUGGAUCAAGUAUUACAGCUUCGCCAUCUGCAUAUCAUCAAUACUAUCAUCCGGCCCGAGUUGAUAUUUCUCACGUAACGCUACGAACGUUAAGUCCAUUAGAUACUUUGGAACGAAAUACACAUGUUAAUUAUUGUAAUAAUAAAUCGUCUAGGUCAUUAUUGCAACAAAAUGGGCAACCUAGCAAGAUCCUUCUCUUUCCCGAAGAAGGUUGGGCACGUAGUGCAUCAUCAUCGUAUUGGACAUUAACGCCAUAUUGGUGGAAUCGUAGUCGAUGUAAAGUGGUAGAGGUAGCUGGUACACGUAGAUUUUCGACAAAAGCUCGUUUAGUUGAUAAUGGUUCUGGUGCAUUGUACGUCUUAGGUUCAUUUAAACGUAUGUCAUGUGAUUCGGAUUUUAAACUAUUUUUAACGUCAAAUGUAUCAUCAACCGAUUUUAACAUGGGUUAUUGUAUGACUGGAACGUUGGAGCGUGGUUCGAAAAAAACAAAUACAUUUCAAAUGACACAUUUUGCAGUAAUUCGACGUAAUGACUACGACACUUCGAAAAUGUGA